UUAUGUCUCUUGCUUAGGAAAGGGAAGCCUUGAUAGCUUAAGGUAGAUCAAAUGAAAAGAAAUUUAAAAGAAAUUGCAAAAUAUCCAAAUUUAAAGGGAGGAAGAAACGUUUUAACAAAAUAUUAAAAAUUAAUAAGAUUAAGAAACUUUAGAAGAAGGAAAAUAAAGAUUAUAAUAACAAAGAGAACUUAUUAAGUAAAAAAGGUCAAAGAGAGAUGAGAUGAAUUCAAAAAUACUAGGAGGGGGAUCAAAAGAAUAAAAAAAGCCUGAGCAGCAGGAGAAAGAUCCAUUAAAUGUCAUAAAUAUAGAGUUAAUCAAAUACCUUUAGACAGAACGUGUAGCAAAUUAAAAGAGAGCUUAAGAACUAGAGUUGAAGAAGUAAGAAUUAAGAAAGAGAGCAGAUAUUGUUGAAGAAAUAAAAUCAGAUGCAUUACAAUAGUAAGGAUGA